UUCAUCAAAUUGUGAAACUAAAAUACUUUUAAUAGAAAUAAAAACUAAAACUAGAUGAUUGUUGAAAUGAUGAUGAAAUUAUAAUGUAAAUUUUAUUUUAUUACCACAUUUUAUGAUAUUUACACAAUAGAAAUAUAACAGGCUGUAUAAUCUUUGGUCUCAGUCCUCUCAAGCAAAGUCGGAUUUACUAAAGGGCUUUUUGGGUCGAAGCCUCUGGGCCCCGCAUAUUUGCUAACUGAAAAGCAAGGAAAGCACAUCACUCUUUUAAAUUUGACAAGCUGACAAUUUUCCUACCCACAUGGUUUUAAAAGCAAUAUGUUUUGUUGUUUGUUGCUUUAGUUCCAUAAGAGGUAUUACUUACUAUAUUGAACCUAUUAUUCUUCCUAAUUGCUAUUUGGAUUUCAGAACAUCUGAUUAUAAAAUAAUAAGUAAUUGCAAUUAUGGUGCCAAAUUUUUGCUUGUUGAUGGGAUAAGUCAUGAUCAAGGUUCAAUUUCAUUUCAAUCUGCAGAUGACAAUAGCUCAUAUAUUCGUCAUACUGGUUAUAUUGCUUAUCUACACAAGUUUUCUACAUUUACAGAAAUACCUCGCGAUGGAUCAUUUUAUAUUCGUCAAAGUAAUGAUAGUUCGUAUAUUAUGAUUGAGUCUACCAAUUUUCAAUCAUACUUUCUUCAAGAACAAAAUUCUAUAUUUGCAAUUGCAACAAAUUUGUCACCAGCUCCAUAUUUUAAACUUCUUGUUUAUGGCUUGAACAUCACAGUGAUAGAAAUACUUAGUCAUGUGGGAUAUUCAAUCAAGGUCUACUUUAAUCUGAUCUGGAAUGUUUCAAAAGACUAUGUAGUUAAUUAUUUAGAUUCAUACAAUAGAGAAAUUUCUACUCUCGCUACAAAUGGUUCCGCUGUUAUUGACAGUCUUCAAAAUGGUAGUGUUUACUCUUUUUUUGUGGGUGUAAAAAAUGAGUUUGGUUUUUAUGUGUAUGGAAAGCAUUUUAACUAUCAAGCGAAUGAAAAUUAUUUGAUGAUUGAAAGAGUUGAAAGCAUUAAUAGAUCUUCAGUUAUUGUUACCAUUAAUUCAGAUAUUCUAGCAUGGAAUUUAACAACAUACUUUGUAAUUAAAUGCAAAGAUCCAUAUGACACAAUAAAAAAAUAUAAUGUCGUAAAUUACAAAUCUGUUAUUUCUUCACUUCAAAGUUUCACUGUUUACAAAUUUUCUGCAGGUGUACUGAAUGAAUUAGGUUUGUUUGUAUAUGGACGAGUGUUUUCCUAUCAAACUGAUGAAGAUGUUCCCACUGGUUUCCCCCUUAAUUUUACUGUUGUAACAGUCAAUUUUACAGCUUUGUUUUUAUCAUGGGAUAAUGUUGAGUAUUCAAAGCAAAAAGGAUUUAUAAUAAUGUUUGUUUAUUCCUGUAAUAAUACUGAUGUUACUAUUUCAAACAAUGUUGGCAAUACUACAUUUAAUGUUACCGUAAGUAAUCUUAAUCCAGAUACAUAUUAUAAUUGUUGUGUUGCAGCAUGUACUAAAGUUGGUUGCGGUUUGGAAUCUUGUGUAUUUGAUAACAAUUUAGUGGGAAUUCCAAGUGGACCUCCUCUCAAUUUCGCAGUUAAACCUGUCAAUUUUUCAUCUUUACUGUUGUCAUGGGAUAAAGUUGAAUAUUCAAAGACAAAUGGAACUAUUGUUGCUUAUAAAUACUCAUGUGACAAUAAAUUAAAUUAUUGGCACACAGUUGACAAUAAUACAUUUUAUGCAAUAGUGACCAACCUGAAUUUCAAUUCAAUAUAUAAUUGUACAAUUACUGCAUGCACUAAAAUUGGUUGUGGUGUUCAAAUAUCUAUGCUUAAUACAACGUUAGAUGGAUUACCACAAGAGAGUGCAGAAAUUACUUAUAUUGGUUACAUUAAUUCUUCGGCAAUCAAUAUCAUUUGGAAUGAUAUCUCGGUGUUAAAGUGGGGGAUACAUAACAGUCAAUCAUUUUGCUUAGAUAUUGAAAACAGCUCACAGAUAGUAAAAACAGAAUGCAUUGAAUACAGCUACAUGAUUGGAAACUACAAAGUCAACAUUAAUGGGCUUAAUCCUUAUACAAACUAUACAGUGUUGGUAUAUUGCAAAAAUAAAGCUGGAAUUGGUAUAAAGGAAAACCACAAAAAAAAAUCAGUUUUAACAGAUGAAUUGCCACCAUCCGUUCCACCUAAAAUAAUAUCAGUUUUUUCAACCAAUACAAACAGCAUAUUAUUACAAUGGAAACCUCCCGAUCCAAAUGAGUAUUAUGGUGUUUUAAAAGGUUAUAGUAUUUUAGUAAAAGCUGUAUAUUCAGAAUCAGAUUUUAAAGUUCAAAGUAAAAGAAAUAGACGUAAUCUUGACAUGCAAAUAUAUAAUGGAAGCUUGCUUUUAGAAUGGUCAACAACAAGUGAUCCUAAUACAACAUACUUCGACAUUGAAAAUUUGUAUGGAAAUAUGAUUUAUAUAGUAAGCAUAUCUGCUAACACAAAAUAUCAAGGACUAUUUAGCUCUGGAAUUAAGGUUAAAACAAAAGAUGGAGUGCCUCUAGUUUCUGCUGUCAACCUUCGAUGCGGUAAAAUAACCUUUUAUUCAAUUACUGUAUAUUGGGACUCAGCUCCUCCUGGGUAUCUUCAAGGUGUACUUACAAGUUAUAAUAUAGCUUUUAAAAAAAUUGUAAAUGACAAGUUUAAAAAUGAUUCAUUACCUGCAAAUGCUGCUAGCUACACUGUAAUCAAAACUGAUGCAUUCACUGAAUAUAUCAUAAUAUUGACAGCUUUAACUAGAGUAGGUAGAGGAAUGGAGUUGCAAGUAAAAUGUAAAACUGAUGAAGCCGUGCCUAGAAAAGCCCCAACUGGAUUGAAUGCUACAUCAUUUUAUUAUCCAGAUAAAACUUAUGUUUUAUGGAAUCACAUACAUCAAGUAGAUUGGCAGGGAAAACCUUUGGGUUAUAUAAUAGCAUACAAACUUCUUAAUCAAGGAGACGUAGACAUUGUUAAUCAAUCUUGGAUAAUGUUUAAUUCAACUUAUGCUGAACAAUCAGUUCAACUUUAUGACCUACUAGUAUAUUCUCGGUAUUCUCUAAAAAUAGCUGGUUACAAUAGGAAAGGCAUUGGACCAUAUAGUAGUAUAAUUACAUUUGAUACAUGUCAUAUCUUUGAUCCUGUCAUUGAAAUUGUUUACAUUUCAAUACCACCAUUUGCAAGUUCAAGUAUUACUUCACCACACCGACCAGUUGGUGUAAUGAUAGCAUCAACAGAACAAUCAUUGUUACAAUGUGCUGGAGCUUGUUCAUCAUUUUCAAAAAAUAUUUCAUUUGUUUAUAAAGAGGUUAAAAUGAAUAGUUUAGAGUUUGUCAAGUUGAAUUCAACAGCAAUAAAAUUACCUGUGACAGUGCCUUUACAAGUUCUUGAUAGUUCGUAUUCCUCAACUCUGCAGCUUCCAGGUAUUGUAUUUGUAUCAAUUCAAAGCAGUAUACGUGUUCAAUUAAAAGAAAAUGAACAAUUAGUUUUUGGAAAUAUUUACAUUGCUUUGGGAACAUUUGGAAUCUAUAUUUUGUUGAAUUGUUUGUUUGGCGUCAUUUUGUUUUAUUGUCAACAUGAAAGUUCAACAAGACAAAGAAAAAGUCAAUGUUUUACUUUGAGUGGUAUAUUUGAAGAAAUUUACUUCUCUAUUAUUACAAUUACUACUGUUGGUUUUGGGGACAAAACUCCUUCAUCAUUUUGUGGCAGAACGUUAUUAAUAAUUUGGACAUUUAUGGGUGUUGUCUUAACUUCAAUAUGUGUGGGCAAUUUAAUUUCAGCCUUGACUGUUAAUGUUGUUAGUACAACCAUCUACUCAUAUCCAAAUGAUAAUGUUAUUGCAAAGUUAGGGUCACCUGAGUAUUUAUGGGCAAGUAAGAUUUCAUUGAUAAAGCUUGUUAAAGAUAAGAACUUUUCAAGUCAUUCAGACGUUAUUGAUGCGCUAAAAGCAGGCGAAGCAAGUUAUGCUAUCUUUGAUCAAUACACAAUUGAAGCUUACAAAGAUGUUUUAAAGAAAUAUGAUAUGAAAAUUGUAAAAGCUUUGAAAACUGACAACUCUUAUUAUGGAGUGUCACUAGGUGGAAACUAUACUGUACUUCAAUCUUGUAUUAAACAUUUAUUAAAAAAUAACUCUGCUAUGGUUGAUUUUGCAAUUUACGAUUUAAAAAUGGAUGCUAUGAAACAAAAUAAUACUAGUCAUUUGACUUUGGCUAAUAAGAAAGUUCAACUUUUCAGCAUUCAAUCGCCAAUCUUUCAGAGUAUGUUAUAUGGUAUGACAAUUACUCUAAUGAUUCUUUUGAUAGCUGGUGGUAUAUUCGAAGUUUUUAGAAUCAAAAGAACUAAGAAAGUUCAAGUUGCAACUGAUUUAGAUAAAAAACUCGAAUACUUUCAAAAAAUGACAAACCUUUCCCAAGAAUAUUUAACUGAGUUUCAAAAUAUGAUUGAUAGGUUGCAGAUAAAAACUGAUCAACUUCUUUAUAAGCACGCCGAACAGAGAUUGAAAUUAAGAAAUAGGUUUUCAAAGUUAUACGGAAUAAACUUUAAAUAUGUAAACUUGAACGAUCUAGGUGUAUCUCUUGAACAAAUUGCCGAGUUCAGAGAAGAAAUAAAGCGUCGUCCGAAGAAGACCUGUUGGGAAAGAUUUUCAGAAUACGUGGCAAAAAGAGUUUCAUGGUUACGCAUUAAGUUUGUUACUUUAUGUUAAAUUAAUAACAAUUUUUGCUUAAAUUAGCCAACAAGUGCUUGUAACGUUUGCAUCAUGAAAAUAAUUUUUAGCUAAAUUA